AUGUUGGAGCGUUUUCAGUCUAAUAUUUAUAAUUUCCCCCCAUUAUUUACUAAACAACCAAACAUUAUAAUAUAUAAUAAACAAUUGGAAACAUGGCAGUCUUUAAUAUUAAGAUUCUGCGAACAAAAUAAGAUAUGGGUAACGACUCCGGUGUUUAAUACCACCGAUAACUCGCUGCAGAAAAACUUGUUUCAAAAUCACAAAAUUAAUAGAAGCUUGGAUAAUGAUUUUCAAGCCUAUAUAUGGGAUUACAUGUUAAAUACGACUCAAAAAUUAAUAAAUUUGGGGCAUGAUAAUGCUUCUAAUAUAAUCUAUAAUAGUGGUACCAACGAUAUUAAUAGCAAUAACAAUAAUAGUACAAAAUACUAUAUCUUAUGGAGAUCCAUAGAGGAUUGGUGUUCAAAUAUUUUAAAUUAUCUAGUAAGUACUGGCGCUAGUAGUACUUCUAAUAAUAUUUUCACUUUAUAUGAAUUAACUCAAGUUUAUGGGCAAGAUUUUUAUAAUAUGGAUUUAGAUUUAUUGAGGUAUAUUGUGGUCACUGAGUUGUGUAAUAAAAGAAAAAGAGCUGUGUGUUUGUAUGAUGAAGAAGAUAAUAGUAAAAACAAGAAAGUGGUUAUGGGGAUUAAAUUGUUAUAG